UUGUAGAUAAAAUGGAACAUAAUGAUAGGGGGAAAAAAAAACAUGGAUAUGAAUGUGAUGAUAAGAAGCGGAAGAGGCGACGGAGGCAUCACGAGCGCAGUUCCUCAAGCUCCAAUACUGAUAAGGAUGAUCGAUUUGAUCAGCGUUUGAAUGCAUUACGAGAAGAGAAGAAGCGGAAGAAGAAGAAAGAAAAAGAAAAAAGGAAGAAGAUGGAAACUUCGGAAGAGAAAAAAGCCAGACGUUUAGCAAAAAAACUGAAAAAGGCGGAAAAAGAAUCAGGCGUAAUGUUGGACGAUGAAGCCAAAUACACUAACACCAAUAACCCAUUUAAUGAUCCGAAUUUGACUUCUACUUUCAUAUGGACUAAGAAAUUGGCAGCUGAAGGCAAGGCUGAUUUGUCACUCAAACAAAUUGAAAAAAUGAACAGAGAUCGUACCCUCAAGAACUUAGCAGAAAUGGAAGAGCUUAAAAGAAACAGAGAAGCACGAGAUGCAGCUAGGGAAGAUUUAGAAAUGAUCAAAAGAGAUGAGGAAAGACGGCAUAACUCAGACUGGUAUGCGACAGAAGAAGGGUUCUUACUUAGUCAGGCUAAAUUGCGCACACAGAUCAGGCUGAAGGAAGGACGAGCAAAGCCUAUCGAUUUCCUUGCGAGAUAUAUCAACUAUGAUAGUGAAAAGAUGGAAAAUAAGAAAGAUGAUGAAUUUGAGCUUGUCGAUCCGUUAACGUAUCUGUACGGACUUAAAAUCAAGGAUCUGGAAGAUUUGCUUGAAGAUAUCAAGGUUUAUCGACGAGUCGAUCCAACUGAUAAUUCAAUCUGGUGGACAGAUUUUUGUACAGUUGUUCGGCAUGAAAUACGAAAGUUGUCUAAUGAUGUUAAUUCGACUAACGCAAGAGAAUCAGUUCAUAAUUCUGUGCAAAGUGAUAUUACCCGAUUGUUCAAGGGUAAAACUCAUCAGGAAUUAGCACUGUUGGAAACCCAGAUCAAAAAGAAGAUUCACAGUGGUGAACCUGGUAUAGAUGUGGAAUUCUUGGAAUUCACGUUACAACAUCUUCACGUACAUAUGGCGAAAGCUCGUGUUCAUGAACGACAUCAGGAAAUAUUACGGGGUAAAUUGAAAAGGAUAAAAGAAGAGCAAAAGGCUGAAAAGGACAAACGUGAAUGUGAAUCUGAGCAGGUCUUCAGAGUGGAAAAUAGCGAAGGUUCGAGUGGAAUGAAGCAGUCAGCUAAGCUAAAAACACUUCCUAUACAGCUGGAUGAAUUAGAUGCUAUGGAAGAUGAUAUUAAAGAACAGCAAUGGCGACUUUUGACGGAGGACGAAAUGGAAAUUCUAACACUGGAAAUGUAUGAACAUGGUUCAUAUAGUCCAUCGUAUGGUGAUGAAAAGGAAGCUAUGCCAGGUAUAGAAAUUCUGGAUGAAACAGAAGAUAUCCAAAAACGUAAAGAAAUGAUGAAUAAAGCUGAGAGCGGCUCUGCAGCGUCUACAUCGAAUGAUCUGUCGGUGGCAGAAGCGGAAAUGGAACUGAUAGCUCGCCGAGGUAUGACGAAUGAUGAAGCAGCAUUUUCAGUGGAAGCACCGCUUGAAGCACAGACUUUUCUUUGGUCUGAAAAAUAUCGUCCGCGGAAACCAAGAUAUUUCAAUCGUGUACAUACUGGAUUCGAGUGGAACAAAUAUAAUCAGACUCAUUAUGAUAUGGAUAAUCCGCCACCGAAAAUUGUGCAGGGUUAUCGCUUUAAUAUAUUCUAUCCCGAUUUGUUGGAUGUCACAGAAACGCCAACGUUUACGGUAACACCAUGUGAUGACCCGGAUUUUGCUGUGAUAAGGUUUCAUGCCGGACCACCUUACGAAGAUAUAGCCUUCAAAUGUGUUAAUCGAGAAUGGGAGAUUAGCCAUAAGCAUGGUUAUAAGUGUCAGUUUGUUAAUGGAAUUUUCCAGUUAUGGUUCUAUUUUAAGAGAUACCGAUACCGGCGCUGAUUGAUUAUUGAUUCAGUUCAAAACGUCUUUGAGGUGUUAUGCUUACGUAUUUAUUUAGCACG